GUCUUGUCGGUUUCGCGUUAUUGUUCUGUUUGCGCUGCUAAACAGAGAUGUAGUACACAUAUUAAACAAUGAAACCGCAUUAUAAAUAAAAGCCGCUUAUCGGUUUCCAACCCUGCAAUCUUUACUGUGGUGCCAUACCUUAACAAAAGCAAAGUAUUUGACAAAAGCCAGGUUCCUACCACAGGAAGUGACAUCAUUUUUGUAGUGUAGGAUAACAACAGCACAAGCAUCAACAGAGGAAAGCAUCAUGCUGGAGGAGGUGGCUGUGAACAAUCAGCCGUCCACAGACACAGAGGAGACAAUGCCAUGUUUUCAGACCCCAGGCCCCACUGUCACCUUCCAUAAUCUCCGCUACCGCGUCAAGGAACGGUUAGGAAUGUUUAGCAGGCAGUGGGUUGAUAAGGACAUCCUCAAAGAUGUCAGUGGUAUCAUGAACCCUGGAAUGAAUGCUAUUAUGGGCCCUACUGGAAGUGGAAAGACAUCGCUUUUGGAUGUCAUUGCAGGAAGGAAAGAUCCUAAGGGUUUAAAAUCAGGCCAAGUUCUAGUUGACAACACCAUUGUGACCUCUGAACUCAGGCUCUGCUCUGCCUAUGUAGUUCAGAGUGACAUUCUGAUGGGUACUUUGACCGUAAGAGAGAACCUCGCAUUCUCUGCCAAUCUUCGCUUGUCACGCAAAGAGUAUUCCUCAGCUGACAAAGAGAUGAGGGUCGACUCCGUCAUCCAGGAGCUUGGCCUGAAAGAUUGCGCAGAUACAAAGAUUGGGACCAUGUUUUUGCGUGGUGUUUCUGGCGGAGAGAAGAAGAGGUGCAGCAUCGGGAUGGAGCUCAUCACGUCUCCCUCCCUCUUGUUCCUGGAUGAGCCCACAACAGGCCUGGACGCCAACACUGCCAACUCCAUCAUGGAACUGCUGCAAAAGCUCUCCAAAAAGGGUAAGACCAUCAUCUUCUCCAUUCACCAGCCACGCUACUCCAUCUUCAGCCAGUUCGACCACCUCACACUCAUAAAUAAAGGAGAAAUCAUCUACGCAGGGGCCGCCAACAAAGCCAUUACCUACUUUGAGGACUUGGGUUACAAGUGUGAGCCAUUCAACAACCCAGCAGACUUCUUCCUGGAUGUCACAAAUGGAACCAUCCUUCCUCAGAAACACAACAAUAAAUCAGAGAAGUGUAGCAGCAGCGAGGAGAUGGUGGAAAAUGAAAACCCUCUGGCAGUAAUUUACAGAAAGUCCCCUUAUUUCCUCAAAGUAAAGGACCAACUCAGUCAGAUUUCAGAUGGGCUUGACCCUGAGGUCACUAAAGGUGACAGGGUUGGUUACGCCACACCUUUCUGUUACCAGCUCAUGCUGGUGAGUGGCCGCACUGUAAGAAACAUCUUGAGGAAUCCUCAAACGUCCUAUGCCCAACUGUUUCUCAACAUUUUCUUUGGUAUUUUAGUGGGACUGAUCUACUAUCAGAUCCCACACACUUUACCAGAGGCUCUUCAAAACAGAACGGGAGCUUUCUUUUUCCUAGUCAUUAACAUGGUGUUUGGCAAUCUGUCUGCGGUGGAGCUCUUCAUCAGCGAGAGAGUGCUCUUCAUACAUGAGACCUCAAGUGGUUUCUACCGCACCUCUGCCUACUUCCUGUCCAAAGUGUUUGCUGACCUCAUACCAAACCGCAUCCUCCCCGUCUUCAUCUUCUCUGCUAUCCCGUACUUUAUGAUGGGUCUGAAGCCUGAUGUGGAGGCGUUCUUCCUGUACUGUGUGACCAUGAGUAUGGUCAGUCUGGCAGCGGUGAGCUUGGCCUUCCUGGUCAGUGCCACUGUGGGCUCCUUCGCCAUGGCUAACAUCCUCAUCGCACUGCCUUAUGUCGUAAUGAUGGUGUUUGGGGGUUUCCUAGUGAACCUGAAUUCCAUGCUGAGCGGGAUGUCCUGGCUGAAGUGGGCCAGUAUAUUUCGAUAUGGCUACAAUGCACUUGCGAUCAUUGAGCUAAAAGAUCAAGUCUUUACCAGUAAUUACACCAGGAUGACAGGUGACAUGUAUCUGGAUAAUCAAGAAAUCGACUACAGCACUUGGGGCUUUUGGCAGAACCAGGUAGCUUUGACAGGUAUUAUGUGCGUGUGUCUAAUUCUUGCAUACGUGCAGCUGCGUCGGAUAAAUCGCUGGAAGUGAAGGAACAACACUGGUUGUGUAAUCAUCGUCGCCAAUUUUUUUUUUUUUAAUAUUUAACCCUGAAGUCAGGAAAUCACACACAUACUCUCCUGAAUGUGUCAGCCUUACAAAGAAUCCACAACUCACUACCUCAGUUACUUCAAAUGUUCUAUUUCUGAAACUACCUGUGGCUUUAAUUAUGAAAUUGCUUGGAACUUUGUAAAUGUUUCAUUUUAUAUAAAAGUUGUAAACUCAAUACAAAUGCUGUGAAUGUUUAAUAAUAAUAAUAAUAAUAAAAACAAAAACAAAAACACUUUUACUUCGAAAAUUGGCAAACCAAAUAUUAUAUAUUCUAUUUCUACUUGUAUUCCAUGUUGUAUCUAUUGCCAAAGCAGAAAAAUUUGUAAACCUUACGGUUGACCGAAACCAAAAAUGUUAUGUUUUAUGUAUUUAGGUUUGAUUUUUAGAGAACUGUUGCUUCUGCGCAGUUAAUGAGAGUCACAACAAAAUGGGGUUGAAGUUGGUUUUAUUAUAAUUUUUAAAAAAACAAAAGGCUCAGUCUGAACAGUGUGAAGCACAGGGAUAAAAUCUGACAUUUAGGAAGCAGUGACAGAAUAAUCAGUGAGGGGCAACAGUUAGUGGGAUCAAA